CUGUGCUGUGGGUUCUCCAAAUUUUCCUCUUUUCUCAGCCACCUGCAGCAAUCGAAUGCCAGAUGAAAGCUAAGUGGUGGGUAUAUGCCCAGGAAGUCAUGGCCGAGAGUGGCCCUGCCAAGUCAGGUAGGUAGGAUUCCUCGCGUCACUAAUGCGACAUAUUAUGAUUGUUUGAGCAAUUGCCAAUCCUUACCAUCCAUGAUCCCAUUUCCGGGCCGGUAGAUCAAGGAUCUAGUCGCCACGCUGCCAAUGGCUUGGCCAUAUAUGAAGGUUCAAGCUCCCAUUUUGCAUCUAUUGUUUCCAAAGCGUCAAGCGUGAAAUGGUCAAAAGUGGACAGAAAAUGGGAUCGUCCACACAUAGCAUAUCCAUUAUGGAAGACAGACUCGCACUCGAGCGGCGGAGGGAAAGGAAUAGACUAGCACAGCGGAAGCAUCGUGAAAAUGCAAAGUUAAGGAGGCCACGGCAAGGGAAUAGCGACAAACCACUACCUGAACAAAAUAGCCAACCAGGACAGGCAAUGAGCCGGUGCACCAGAAGUUCAGGAAGCAAUAGCCAAGAAUGCCCACCAUUCUCGGCCUUUCUUGGCCCAGCCUUGGAUUACAACAUUGAUCACCUGUCAGCAGAUAAUUUCUUUCCCGAUGUGGUAUUCUCGCCGCAUGUCAACGAAUACAGCCACUUGGAUCUGGCGUCUUCUACGGCACCGCUGGACCAACAGCAGCAACUGGAGAUCUCCCCUUUUACCGUGGACACAAUAUUUCAAACAGGCCCGAACAAGUUCAACGCUCCUUCUAGCUUUUGCGGUAAUUGCCAUGCGAGUGCCAAACCACAGCUAGUAUCGCAUAACGACCCCAGAUCCAUUGGAAUAUGUGCUGCCAACAUGCCCACCCGGCCGAUGGGCUACUAUCAAACCACUGAGACGGUCCGCGCUAGUGGGGUCGGAUCUAGAGCCUGGACAACGCCCCUCCAUAUUUCCGUUAGCCGCGGACAUCUCACAGCCGUGCGCCUCCUCCUUGACGGCGGUGCCGAUCCUAACGCCAUUGACGGAGAUGGCUCCACAGUGCUUCAUACGGCGGUCCGAAGCGGCCAUCAUAUUAUUGUGCGCGAGCUACUAUGGCAUGGCGCAGAUCCGAGCGCCGUUGACGCGGCCGGCUGGUUACCGUUGCAUUAUGCCGCGGAGGCCGGCGAUGAGAAUUGCCUACGGGUCUUGCUGCAGCCAGGUGGGGAGUAGAACAAGAAGGAUCUCGUACGAAGGUCUCGGGGAAAAGGAGCCUUGAGACACUAGGCUCAAGCUCGAGUUGGGGAUUUCUUGCAUUGGAGUUACCCGAGUAAACUAAGGGAGCUCUAGGUGGAGGCUUCAUGUAUGUACUUUUUUCAUGGCACGGGUAUUUUUAACCUCGCAAAAUCUGAUGAGUGAGCUGAACUUGCCCCUCGCCUUGGCGUUGAUGCUUAGGUUACUUUCACAGGUUUGCUAUUUUGCCAUCCUCAGUCAGCCAAGAAAAUUAAUUAACGGUUAAGCACUA